AUGGGGGUAGCCAAGAGUCCAGGGUUAUCCAGCAUUGCCAGAGGAACUCUGAGCGUUUCUGGUAGCUCAGAGCACUAUCUGGGUUCCUUCUCUGGGUUCCCCAGUCUGACGCAGUCUAUCCAACGACUGACUGAAGUCCAGAAGAUGAAUGUUGAAAAGGAGGACAGAGCAGAGUCUGCAGGAUCCUCCACUAAUUGUAAUUCUACAGACUUCAGUAAUGAACCUGGACCCUCAGACAAAAAAGUUCAGUCCAACAGACAGAGAGCAGAGUCUGCAGGAACCAGCUGUCUGUGUAUGGACACUGACUGGUCCAAUGAUCUUCCUAUAGACUUAAGUGAUGAACCUGGACCCUCAGACACAAAAGAGAGGAAGAGGAGUCCUGUUCCUGUGGAGGAGCAGCCGUCCUGCUGUGCUUUGUGUCAGGACGUCCUGAAGGAUCCAGUCUCUACCAGCUGUGGACACUGGUUCUGCAGACGGUGCAUCACCUCAUACUGGGACCAGUCUGCUUCAUCAGGACACUCCUCCUGUCCCCAGUGUGGAGACAGAUCCAGAACCAGAGCUGGACUGCAGACAGCCAGUCAGAGCAGCUCUGUACAAAUGAGAGGUGGUCUGCAGGAGGUUUUAGAUGAACAUAAGAUCAGUCUGAGGAGGAGAUGUGAACGUGUGACUGAAGGAAGUGAUGAAACAGGAAGUGGAACCCUCCUCAACAGGAUCUACACUGAGCUCUACAUCACAGAGGGACAGAGUGAAGAGGUUAAUACCCAGCAUGAGGUGAGGCAGCUUGAGACAGCUUCCAAGAUGGAGACCCUCCAUGACACUCCAAUCAGGUGCCAGGACAUCUUUAAAGCCUUACCUGGCCAACAGGGAGCCAUCAGAGUGGUUCUGACCAACGGCGUCGCUGGCGUUGGAAAAACCUUCUCGGUGCAGAAGUUCACUCUGGACUGGGCAGAGGGCUCGGAAAACCAAGAUGUCGGUCUGCUGGUUCUGCUCUCGUUCAGGGAGCUGAACUUGAUCAAAGAUGAGCGGCACAGUCUCCUCACGCUGCUCCAUGUUUUCCAUCCAACAUUACAGAAGGUCCCAGCAGAGAAGCUCGCCGUCUGGAAACUGUUGUUCAUCUUUGACGGCCUGGAUGAAAGCAGACUUUCAUUGGAUUUCCACAACAGUGAGGUUGUUUCUGAUGUCACACAGAAGUCAUCAGUCAACCUGCUGCUGACAAACCUCAUCGAGGGGAAUCUGCUUCCCUCGGCUCUCGUCUGGAUAACUUCCAGACCUGCGGCGGCCAAUUGGAUCCCUCCUUCGUGUGUCGGCAGGGUAACGGAAGUACGAGGCUUCACUGAAGCCCAGAAGGAGGAGUACUUCAGGAGGAGAGUCAGUGAUGAAGAGCUGUCCAGCAGAAUCAUCUCACACAUCAAGACCUCCAGGAGCCUCCACAUCAUGUGUCAGAUCCCAGUCUUCUGCUGGAUCACUGCUACAGUUCUGGAGCACAUGUUGACUACAGAGCAGAGAGGAGAGCUGCCCAAGACCCUGACUGACCUGUACUCCCACUUCCUGCUGGUUCAGAUAAAGAGGAAGAAGCAGAAGUACGAUGAGGGACAUGAGACGAGUCCACAGGAGCUGACGGAGGCUGACAGGAAGGUUCUUCUGAAGCUGGGGAGGCUGGCGUUUGAACAGCUGGAGAAAGGAAACAUCAUGUUCUACCAAGAAGACCUGGAGCAGUGUGGUCUUGAUGUCACAGAGGCCUCGGUGUACUCAGGAGUUUGUACAGAGAUCUUCAAAAGAGAGAGUGUGAUCUUCCAGAAAACAGUCUACUGCUUUGUUCAUCUGAGCGUUCAGGAGUUUCUGGCUGCAGUCUACAUGUUCCACUGUUACACCAGCAGCAACACAGAGGGACUGGAGGACUUCCUGGGGGAAGACUGGAAACACAAAGAGUUAAAGCCUAAAGACAUGCACUACAAAACCUACCACCCAUCCCUGCUUAGAAAUUUAUCCCUGGAUAGUGAUAGUGACAAUGAUUCAUCCCUGGAUGUCUUUCUAAGGAGAGCCAUGCAGAAAUCCCUUGAAAGUAAAAAUGGCCACCUGGACCUGUUUGUUCGUUUCCUUCAUGGCCUCUCUCUGGAGUCCAACCAGAGACUCUUAGGAGGCCUGCUGGGUUGGACAGACAACAGUCCAGAAAUCAUCCAGAGAGCCAUCAAUAACCUGAAGAAGAUGAACAGUAAUAAGAUCUCUCCUGACAGAAGCAUCAACAUCUUCCACUGUCUGACGGAGAUUAACGACCACUCAGUACAUCAGGAGAUCCAAGAGUUCCUGAAGUCAGAGAACAGAUCAGAGAAGAAACUCUCUGAGAUCCACUGCUCAGCUCUGGCCUACAUGCUGCAGAUGUCAGAGGAGGUUCUGGAUGAGUUGGACCUGAAGAAGUACAACACAUCAGAGGAGGGACGACUGAGACUGAUUCCAGCUGUGAGGAACUGCAGAAAGGCUCGGUAA